AAAUCUCUUAUGUUUUCAAACAAUAAAUGCAAAGAAUGCCAUCGGCUAGACAAUUCUUGGCCCUGGUGUAAAGAUUGUAACGCACGACAUUUUGAGGAAUAUUCCAAAUUUUGGACAAGUGGAAGUAAAGACAUUGACGAUUUUAUUCUAGAUACGCAACUCCAAGCAUCAAAUGCGUUUCAAAAAUUAGAGUGGAUUCCCUACGACCAAUUCACCGAUUUCAAGUUUCUUGCUAAAGGCGGAUCCGGUGAAGUAUGUAAAGCCACAUGGAAGGAUGGUUAUAUAUGCGAAUGGAAUAUCGAGAAAAAAUGUUGGUCAAGAAAAUCUAAUACCGAAGUUGCUUUAAAGAGUUUAUAUAAUCUAAAAGAUACGACAAUACUUUUCAAUGAGAUUAGAAAUCAAAUAAAAUCGAUAAAAAUUAAUGAUAAUAAAGUAAUUCCAUGUUAUGGAAUAACCCAAAAUACAAAAACACAAGAAUUCAUGAUG